CCCGGAGAUAUUAUAUUCUGUCGAUCGGCCGGUGGAUAAUCCGAUAGUAUUAAAUCUUCUACUAUGAAUUGGCAUCGUUGGAUCAGUGUUUUCAAUAUGAGCCGUGCGAUGGGAUUGCCUCGCAAAUCUUACCGUCCAAAUUAAUUAGGAAUUGAAAUUUCAAAACAUGUUAGGAGAGAGGGAGAGAUGCUCCGAAGAAGAACAAACAAAACCGAAAGCCCUCAGCUUUUUUGUUUACGCUGUUUCACCAAAUAUUUCUCUUCUUCUUCUGAGCUAAACUCAUUGGAACCCUAAUUUAUCUCUCUCUCUCUAAGCUUGUCCUUUUCCUCAUCGUAUAUGCUGAUCAGAAUUCCUUUUUCAAAUUUUCCUUCGAUUGGCUCGCGUUUCUCGCAUUUCGCGCGGAUUUGGUCUGGCUUCAGAUCUGACGUUUUUGUGUUUCUCGAAUUGAUUUGUAGAAUUUUUGGGCUUUUGCGCGGCCGGAUUUUUCGGCGAUAGUAAAACAGUGAAUUUCAAAAGGAAAAAAAGGAAAUAUUGGAAUACAGGGAAUUCGAAUGGGUGAGGGCGGUGAUGGAGGCGAAUUCCCGCCAAAAAAGGAGCAACCAGAAGCGUCUGAUUUCCCGGUGAAGAAUCCGGCGAGGCAGCUCGACUUCACUGGUGGCGCCGACGCGGUUCUGCCGGAAAAUUCUCAUUGCAAAGCCUCGGCUCCCGCCGCCGUAACUGCGACGGCGGUGAAGACAAGUAAGGCACCCGGAAUCGGGCAAGUGCGGCCGACGAUGCCAGUGGUGCCGCUGACGCCGUCGUCGCAAUCGCAGGUCCUUCAUUCCUCAGCCAGGCUUUCAAAGCUGGAAUCUCCCAAAUCGAGAGCAAGACCUUCUGUGGAUGCAAGAGAUGGAACUCCUCAGAAGAAAAAACAGUGUAACUGCAAACACUCACGGUGCUUGAAGUUGUAUUGUGAAUGCUUUGCAUCCGGCACAUACUGUGAUGGAUGCAACUGUACAAAUUGCUUCAACAACGUUGAAAACGAAGCUGCUAGACGAGAAGCUGUGGAUGCAACUCUGGAUCGGAAUCCUAAUGCAUUCAGACCUAAAAUUGCUAGCAGUCCUCAUGGUGCAUGUGACAGUAGGGAGGAGGUUGGUGAAGUUCUCGUGUUAGGGAAGCACAACAAAGGAUGCCACUGCAAGAAAUCGGGUUGCCUGAAGAAGUAUUGUGAAUGCUUUCAGGCAAAUAUUCUCUGUUCUGAGAACUGCAAAUGCUUGGAUUGCAAAAACUAUGAAGGGAGUGAAGAGAGACAGGCUCUGUUUCAUGGCGGUGAACAUGCCAACAACAUGGGUUAUCUCCAACAGGAAGCAAAAGCUGCCAUUACUGGAGCUGUUGGUUCCUGUGGCUUUGCUUCCUCUCCAGCGCCUAAAAGGAAGAAAUCUCAGGAAAUCAUCUUCAGCCAAGCAACCGAGGAUCCAUCUGUUCAUAGGCUCAGCCAUUUUCAUCAGGCAAAUAGUGGAAUAUCCACUGGACCAAUGUCGAGUAGAUCUCCUCAAGUACCCGUUUCUCGUGCUUCUGGCAAUGUGUCAUUAGGUCCAUCCAAAUUUUUAUAUAGGUCUCUCUUGGCAGAUAUCAUUCAACCACAAGAUGUGAAAGCACUUUGCUCUGUUUUGGUUGCUGUAGCUGGAGAAGCUGCAAAGACAUUAGCAGACGAGAGAAUUGAAACAGAGAAAAGGAUGGAAGUUCAGAAAGAAACUUUCUUGGCCUCUUCUGCACAGGAUCAAGGGCAAGGUGUCAAGGCCGAGAAAGUUGAAACUGGUGAUGGUAAACCUUGUGGAGAAGAUUCAAACUCAGAAGACGGAAGGCCUCUGUCUCCCACAACUUUGGAAUUGAUGUGCGAUGAAGAGGACACUAUGUUCAUACUGGCAGCUUCAUCUAAUGCUUCAGUGGAUGCCGAUUCUGAGAAAACCUCACAGCUACCUAACGGGAAAGGCCUAUCAGAAAUCUAUGCAGAGCGGGAGAGAAUAGUAUUGACCAAGUUCUGGGACUGCCUUCAUCGACUCAUCUCCUACGGUGAAUUAAAGGAAUCAAAUUGUUCGUCUUUCGCAAGAACACAUAGAGGAAUGGCUGCAGCUUUGGAAACCGAAGCCGGGUUUAAUCAGGGACCGACCAUGAAUGGAGUUUCCCGACCAAGUACCCAAUCUACAACCAAACCACCACUGCCCCGACUGACUGCAACUUCGGUUCAAAACCCUUCAAACACUCAUCUUCAUAAAGCUCCACAGGUUUGACAGAGAAGAAAAACCUCUGAACAAAGAACUUAGGACAAUAACAUACAAAGACAAGAAUUCCUGGCAGUGGCAUGACCCUCUUGUUGUUAUGAGGUAUGCUACCGCCUUUCUGUAACCCUAUAUAUCGUCUUCUUCUUCUUCUUCUUCUUUUUGAUCUAAAGCUUGGCUGGUCAUUAGUGAGGAAUCACAGUCUGGUUGUAUCAUUAAGUUUUUGAGUUAAUUUUCUUCUACAUUAUCCAUCUUUGAUUCUUCU